CGCCCUUCAUCUUCUUCGCGUCGAUCCAUUUUCAUCAAUACACAGAACAACCACAACAACAAGAAGCCUUUCUCUUUUCUUUUCAUUUCCUUACUACAAGACACCAUGAGAGAAAUUCUUCACGUUCAAGGUGGCCAAUGCGGCAACCAAAUCGGAUCCAAGUUCUGGGAAGUCAUUUGCGAUGAGCACGGUAUCGACGCCACCGGUAAAUACAACGGCGAUCCUUCUUCCGAUCUUCAAUUGGAGAGGAUCAAUGUUUAUUACAAUGAGGCUUCUGGCGGUAGAUACGUUCCCAGGGCUGUUCUCAUGGAUCUUGAACCUGGUACCAUGGAUAGUAUCAGAUCCGGUCCCUAUGGUCAGAUCUUUCGCCCUGAUAAUUUCGUUUUUGGUCAGUCCGGUGCCGGAAAUAAUUGGGCGAAAGGUCAUUAUACUGAAGGAGCUGAGUUGAUUGAUUCCGUUCUUGACGUUGUUCGUAAGGAGGCUGAGAAUUGUGAUUGCUUGCAAGGUUUUCAGGUUUGUCACUCCCUUGGAGGAGGCACUGGUUCUGGGAUGGGAACCCUGUUGAUAUCAAAGAUUAGAGAGGAAUAUCCAGAUAGGAUGAUGCUCACAUUCUCGGUUUUCCCUUCUCCUAAGGUCUCAGACACGGUUGUGGAACCAUAUAAUGCCACUCUUUCAGUUCACCAAUUGGUUGAGAAUGCAGAUGAAUGCAUGGUUCUUGAUAAUGAAGCUCUUUAUGACAUUUGCUUCAGGACCUUAAAGCUCAGCACUCCUAGCUUUGGUGACUUGAACCAUUUGAUCUCUGCAACCAUGAGCGGAGUAACAUGUUGCUUAAGAUUCCCAGGUCAACUAAACUCAGACUUGAGAAAAUUGGCUGUGAAUCUAAUCCCAUUUCCUCGUCUUCAUUUCUUCAUGGUUGGAUUCGCACCUCUAACCUCCCGCGGCUCCCAGCAGUACAUCUCCCUCACCGUCCCAGAACUAACACAACAAAUGUGGGACGCCAAGAAUAUGAUGUGCGCCGCCGACCCACGCCACGGCCGUUAUCUAACUGCCUCGGCCAUGUUCAGAGGAAGAAUGAGCACGAAAGAAGUAGACGAACAGAUGAUCAAUGUACAAAACAAAAACUCAUCCUACUUCGUUGAAUGGAUCCCGAACAACGUGAAAUCAAGCGUUUGUGACAUACCUCCAAAGGGGCUGAAGAUGGCAUCAACAUUCGUGGGAAACUCGACCUCGAUUCAAGAGAUGUUUAGAAGAGUGAGUGAGCAGUUCACGGCGAUGUUUAGGCGCAAAGCUUUUCUGCAUUGGUACACAGGGGAAGGAAUGGAUGAAAUGGAGUUUACGGAGGCAGAGAGUAAUAUGAAUGAUUUGGUGGCUGAGUAUCAACAAUACCAAGAUGCUACAGUUGAUGAUGAUGCUGAUUUUGAGGAUCAUGAUCAAGAUGAGUAUGCCGACCAGUAAUAAUUGGUUUUUACUAUAUCUCUGCCUCUUUUUACUGCUUUCGUGAAAUAUUAUUCUUCUUGGGUUUGAUAAUGCCUGCGUGAUUUGAUUGUUAUUUCAUCUUCCAUUUUGGUUUCUCAAGUUGAAUUCCUUGUGUUUAUUUCAUUGGAUUUCUUGCUUGUUCUCUUUUUUCUUUCUAUUUCUUCCAUCUUAUUUGUUGGGUAUUAUUAGUAGUUGGUCUAUCUUCUUUUCUUUCUAUUAAAUAAAAUAAUGUCAAUGUGCAGUCUAUAUUUUUAUUGAGAAUUUCAAUGGAUAGUGCUGAAAUGUUUGAUCUCA